AUGGUCAAAAUCACUGGGUUCACCACCCGGGAUGUGAGGUUUCCUACCUCCCUCGACAAAACUGGCUCUGAUGCUAUGAACGCGGCCGGCGACUACUCCGCUGCAUACUGCAUUAUCAACACUGACUCCGACUUCAGUGGACAUGGCAUGACCUUCACCAUUGGCCGCGGAAACGAGAUCGUCUGCUCCGCCAUCUCCCUUGUGACCCCCCUCAUUGUCGGCAAGGAUCUGGACGAGCUGACUGCCGACUGGGGCAAGACCUGGCGCUACCUGGUUUCCGACAGCCAGCUGCGCUGGAUCGGUCCCGAGAAGGGCGUCAUCCACCUAGCUCUCGGGGCCGUCGUCAAUGCCCUCUGGGAUCUGUGGGCCAAGACCCUGGGCAAGCCGGUUUGGCGUAUUGUUGCGGAGAUGAGCCCCGAGGAAUUCGUGCGCUGCAUUGAUUUCCGAUACAUCACCGAUGCCAUCACUCCCGAGGAGGCCAUCUCCCUGCUGAAGGAGGUCGAGUCCGGCAAGCAAGACCGUAUCCGCGAGGCCGAGGCUAGCCAAGCCGUGCCCGCAUACACCACCAGCGCCGGCUGGUUGGGAUACGGCGAGGAGAAGCUGAAGUCCCUGCUGGACCAGAGCGUUGCGCAGGGCUACAAGCACUUCAAGCUGAAGGUGGGCGGCAACCUCGAAGACGACAAGAAGCGAUUGAGAAUCGCCCGUGAGGCCAUUGGCUAUGACCGUGGUAACAUCCUCAUGGUGGAUGCGAACCAGGUCUGGUCCGUACCCGAGGCGAUUACCUGGAUGCAGGAGCUGGCCGAAUUCAAGCCCUGGUUCAUCGAGGAGCCCACUUCCCCCGAUGACAUCCUCGGCCACGCUGCCAUCCGCAAAGCCCUCGCGAACACUCCCCAUGGUACCAUCGGCGUUGCCACUGGCGAGAUGUGCCAGAACCGCGUCGUCUUCAAGCAGCUUCUGCAAGCCGGUGCCUUGACUGUCCUGCAGGCUGACGCUUGUCGCGUCGGUGGUGUCAACGAGGUCCUGGCUAUCCUCCUCCUGGCCCGCAAGUUCGGUGUCCCCAUUGUGCCGCACUCUGGCGGUGUUGGUCUUCCUGAGUACACCCAGCACCUGAGCACCAUUGACUAUGUCGUUGUUAGUGGCAAGAAGAGUGUUUUGGAGUAUGUGGAUCACUUGCACGAGCAUUUUGUGAACCCGUCCAGUGUCAAGGAUGGCUACUAUGUCACUCCUAUGGAGCCUGGUUACAGCGUCGAGAUGAAGGCUGAUAGUAUGGAUGCAUUUGCAUUUCCCGGUGAGGAGGGUAAGAGUUGGUGGCGGUCAGAGGAAGCCAAGGCUAUCUUGGAAGGACCUCGCGUAGUAUAG